AUGCACGACGUCUGGACAGUACUAUUAAAAUCAAUAUCAGACAAACCAAAAAGUUUCCUCCAGUCCUUUGCUCACGUCAUUAUAUCGAACUCUUGUCUCUGCACAUUAAUUAUGUUAGCUAUGGUACCACUGAUAUCGUCAGAACUACACUCCCACCUAGAUUAUGUCCUCAACUCCAAGUUUUGUAAUGAUCUCUACCUCGAUUUAGGAGAGUCGGUUGCAGCGGUUGUCGAGAUGGGUGGCAUCGAUACUGAUCGUUUGAUCGAGAGACUGGUCACCUAUGCCAAACAAUUUACAGGAAAGUGUCAUUUCCGAUUGGAGUCGGUUCACAAGUACACACAACACGAUUACCAAGGACGUGAUCAAUUCAUAUCUGCAGUAAAAAGAAUACUCGACAAGAUAGAUUUGAAUUAUUAUGGUCAACCCAUUUUCCGUUUUGAAAGAAAAAACAUAUGGAUACUCGAUCCAGCACUAUUAGAAAAGAUUUCGACCGUGGGGUUUCGUUACUACUACUACUUCCUCUUUAGUGCUGCCAUGUCUACCGAUAUUAAACUCUACAAAAAGGUGCUUGAUAUGUGCACUCCUCGCACCUACGAUCUGAUCAAAAUCCUUUGUUUGGUGGUCCGUGCCGGCCACUAUCAAUUUGCAAGGCAAUUCAUCAACACUUCAUCGAUAAACACCAAUCUCAUGACACCGAAAUACUUGAAAAAGUCAAUGAAUAUUCUAUUUAAAUUAUACUUUGAUUUAAUCAACAAAGAUCUCCAACAGUCACAAGUAGAGGUUAUCGAGGGUAGUGACAACGAUACUAUCAAGUCAGGCGAUGAUCAUAGCCAUCAAAGCAUAGCAAAUGUAAUUUUGGAUCUAUUACCAUCGCAAUACCAAUCCCAUAUUCUUUACUAUGCAACAGAUUUGACAGAUAAUCAAUUGAUGGCACUUUGGAGUGGUCCUUUAUAUUUGGGUACCAACCUUAAAAAUUGGUUGUACGAACCAUCUAAACAUCUCAAGCUUUUAAAGUACGAUCAAAAGUUCUUUAAUCAUUUAGAAAGAUUAUAUCGAUUCUAUCAAAACCAUUCAAACAUUUACAAAGUAGUUGAAGGACCUCCUCCUCUUCAACUCGAUGCAAAUGAUCCACCUCCAUUGACCAUAGAAUAUAUUGAAAUAUGGAGUCAAUGUUUGGAUAGUUAUUACUACAACAAUAAUGAUACCAACGCAUUUGUAAGUCGUUAUACUCAACAAGAAUAUAACAAAUUUAUUAAAUUGGCUACUUCUGUUGCUUUUGUUCCAAACAAACUUAUAAUGGAAGAUGUAAACAAUGAUAGAGAAGAUAAAAAGAGUCAACGACUAGGAAUGUCAAAUCAAUUAUUCUCAAGAAUACUGAAUCAAACGUAUCUUAGAAGUUUAAUAUUCAAUCAUGUUAGUUCUAUUCACAAACAGUUGGGUAUUAAAACUACGAGAAUAACAUCUACAUUUAUACCUCUACAGUAUAUUCAAUAUGGUUUGAAUGAUCUAUUCUUUAAACAUAUCGAUUUACUUUGGAGUUUGAUGUUUGCAUCAUCUAAUGGUGUAUAUAGAAAUGAUCAUGCUGAUAAACUAUAUAAUUUAAUGACAUCGGCAAUUCAUUAUAAUAAUCAUCAAGUAUUGGAAUACCUAUUAAAUAGAAUCAAGAACGAGAUUGGACCAUUUCAAUCAACAACCAUUACAAUUAAAUUUGAUCGUGUAUCAGAAUCUAAAAAGAUACGUUGUCUUAGUUUAAGGAUAUUCAAGUUAUUGUCAGAUGAUAAUAUAUUGAUUGAAUCGGAUAUAUUAAUACAUCGGAUGGCAAAGACUGCAAUCAUUGUGAUUGGUGAUGUAGAUGUAAUUAGAAAUUGGUUCAAUAGAUAUAAUCUUUCAAACCUCAAGAAUCUAUUUACAAUGUAUCCUUCAAAAGUGAAUGGUAUACCAAAACUAAAAGAUUUAUUCAACAAAAAGACAGAUACCGAAUUGAUCGAACUAUACAAUGUUGUUUCGACUGUCAACAAGAAGAUGAAUAAAAGAAGUAGAAUGGAGAUGAUAAUGCAAGCAUUGGUUCAAGACCGUAUCAAAGUAAUCGAACAUAUCAUUAAUGAUGGAAAAGAUAAGAAAUGGAAAAGAGCUCUUGCUCCACUCUUCUUCUCAAACUCACCAUCCUCAAGUAAAAAGUACGAGAGAAUGAAAGCUAUUAUAUUCUACGACCACAAAUUCAAUUUUAAAUACGAUUAUGAUGAUGACCAAGAAAGAUUGUUGGAAAAGAUAGCAGAUGGAACAGAUAUCGAAUAUCUACGAUACAUAUCAUCACCACAAGUAUCGACACCUGCCGAUUUCAAAAGUGUUCCAAAGGAGGGUAUCUCUCAACUCGACUUCCAUACCGUCUAUUUGGUACACCGAGUAUUUUGUACGCGUCAUUAUAUCGAUCUCUUGUCAGCACACGUCCGUGGUAACUUUAUUAUCACAUCCAAUAUCAUCCAAUCAACACUCUUACAAGCACCAAAAGGAAAAGAGUAUGCAGAACUAGACUAUGUACUCAAUUCAAAGUUUGGUGAAAAAUGUCACAUCAAUAUUGCAGAAUCUGUUGGAUUCAUCAUUGACAAGUAUCGAGGUGACAAUGAUAUGUUGGAGAGGUUAAUAGAACAUGCUCGAAAAUUCCCUUGGCACUGUCGAUUCCCAUUCGGGUCGAUUGACAAGUACACAAUAGAAGAUUACCCACAACGUAAUCAAUUCAUAUCAAUCAUUGAAAAGGUACUUGCACAAGUUCCAUUUACACAAUCUCAAUUCAAAGAGACUACCAGACAAGAAGAACCCAUUUUAUAUGUACGUAAAAAGAAUAUCAAGCGUAUCCUCAUUCCAUCACUUCUCAAAAAAAUAUCAAACGGUUCAAACUUUUGUCUAGAAGUACUUGACAAUACAAACAUGUAUAUCUAUAGACAAAUGUUCAGGAUCAUCUAUGGUGCCAAGAUUAAAGUCGAUAGUGUCAAUACAUAUGAUCGUGUCACUAUUCUUUGUUUAUUGGUCGGUGGAGGGUACCAUCGACAGGCACAAGAAUUUAUAGUUGAAUACUUGGACUUGGUGACUAUCGAUGAUGACAAUAAUGAUCAAGUGCAACAAAUAUAUGGUAUUUUAUAUCAAAUAUCUCUUCACUUGAUCAAGAAGAAACAGUCACAACAACAAGUAAAGGAAACAAUAAUGGAGGAGGAUGAUAUAAGUUACGCAAUGGAAAUUGAACAUAUUGACCAACAAGUGGACUAUCAAGAAUUAGCCGAUCAAAUUUUAGAUCUCAUGCCACUUGAAUACCAACCAGAUAUUCUCUUUUAUGCAAAGGAUUUGACAGACGAGCAAUUUAUACCACUUUGGGAACGAUUCUAUUUGGAUUCAAACCUUGAAGAUUGGUUGGACCAUUCCUCACACCCUAUGUUUUUCCAAUACGAUCAAACAUUCUUUAAUCAUCUUGAAAGAUUGUAUCGACUCUAUCAACAAGAAUAUGGAAUCGAUGAAAAAAUGGAUGCACCUCCUUUGGUUUUUAAAUAUUUUAAAAUAUGGAAUCAAUGUUUAGAUAAUUAUUAUUACAACUUUGAUGAUGAUGAUAAUAACACCAACACAAUUGUAAAUCGGUAUACUAAAAAAGAAUAUGAUGAUUUUAUGGAUUGGGUAACUCCAUUGGGUUUCAUACCUUCAAAACUUAUUUCAAAAUAA